AUGGGAUCAAGCCCUUCAUCCUACGCUCCCAAGGCCAUCUACCUGGAUGUGGAUGGCAAAGUACAGAAGGUGUUGUUUAGUCGUCACUGCAGUCCGUGUGACAUUAAAGAGCUUUUGUGCUCUUCUUCCAACAUCUCGAGGACCACAGCUAUAAUGUUGGUGAACCCUGAGGGAGCUCUGGUGUCCAUUGAUUCAACCAUGCCCACCAACACACUCAAUUCCCCAUAUAAAGUUGUUCCUUUAUCCAGCAGUCAGCUGGGAGAGAAAGAAGACAUGUUUCAGAACGUGUUAUCGCAGGUGGCAGAACAGUUCAGCAGGGCUUUCAAGAUCAAUGAACUAAAAACUGAAGUCACCAACAGGCUGGCUAUGUUGGAGAAGAGAGUGGAGUUGGAGGGUCUGAAGGUUGUGGAGAUUGAAAAGUGUAAGAACGACUUGAAGAAGCUAAGAGAUGAGAUGACUUCCCACGGAGGAGGAAGAGUGAAUUGUCCUUGUAAGUAUAACUUCCCAGAUGAUGGAAAGAAAUUAACUCCUAGACGUGAUGUGCCCAGCUAUCCAAAGUACACACUCUCUCAGGAAACUAUUGAAGCUCUAAAGAAGCCAACCUUUGAUGUCUGGCACUGGGAGCAUAAUGAAAUGCUCAGUUGCUUGGAAUACAUGUACCAUGAUUUAGGCUUGGUGAAGGAGUUCAACAUGAACCCCAUUACUCUCAAACGUUGGCUGCUUGCUAUUCAAGAAAAUUACCGUAGCAACCCUUUCCAUAACUUCCGGCACUGCUUCUGCGUGAGCCAGAUGAUGUAUGGCAUGAUUCACCUCUGCAAUCUUCAGGAAAAGCUCACAUUGUCAGACUUGGGCAUUUUAAUGACUGCUGCGGUAUGUCACGACUUGGACCAUCCUGGCUACAAUAACACAUACCAGAUAAAUGCACGCACUGAGCUAGCUGUACGUUACAAUGACAUCUCUCCUCUGGAGAACCACCACUGUGCUGUGGCAUUUCAGAUCCUCUCUUUGCCUGAGUGUAACAUCUUUGCCAACGUGGACUCUGAAGCUUUUAAACAUAUCCGUCAGGCAAUCAUCACACUGAUUUUGGCUACUGACAUGGCCAGGCAUGGAGAGAUCCUGGAUUCUUUCAAGCACAAAGUGGACAAUUUUGAUUUCACCAACGAGGAACAUGUCACUUGUCUGAAGAUGGUCCUGAUCAAAUGCUGUGACAUUUCCAAUGAAGUCAGGCCCACAGAAGUUGCAGAGCCAUGGGUAGACUGUCUUCUGGAGGAGUACUUCAUGCAGAGUGACAGAGAGAAGUCGGAGGGUCUACCUGUCGCUCCAUUUAUGGACAGGGACAAAGUGACCAAGCCCACUGCUCAGAUUGGCUUUAUUAAAUUUGUCCUCAUCCCUAUGUUCGAAACAGUAAUGAAGUUGUUCCCCCAGAUCGAGGAGAUCAUGGUUCAACCACUGAGAGACUCGCGAGAUCAUUACGAGGAGCUCAAGCAGAUUGAUGAUGCCAUGACUGAGGCGCAGAAGAAAAAAACUGAAAAUAUGUCAUUAGGAGGAAAGAAGAAAUAAGCAUUGGGGCGAGCUCAGUGAUACUGUGGUUCUUGCUUUCUGGCUCGCUUCCACAGAGCGCCC